AUGCACGGAAUCCAAUUUUCCUCACAAGAACACAUGUUUGUCCCCUACAGACUAGAGGAUGGCUUCAAAUGUGUUAUAUGCGGAGAAAAUUACAACGCUUUCGUCCCUCUAUCCACACAUAUGAACACACACUCGACUAAUCACGUAUGCGAAACGUGCGGUAUGUCAUUCUACAACAGUUUAAACCUCCGUACCCAUAGAGAUUACAAACACAAGCAUAGAUUAAAAAAAUGCACGCUUUGCAACGAAAAGUUUAGCAAAAACUAUGCGAAAUUGAAGCAUAUGAAAACUGUACACAACAUAGGUUCUUACAAGCGAUACUGCGUGGUUUGCGGAAAGACAUUUCAGCACUCUUACAUGCUCGAAGUGCAUAAAGUAGAAGAGCAUGGAGCAAAGCGGCCGAUAUCGAACUGUUCACAAUGCGAUAAAACCUUCACAACGCCGCAGAAUUUGAGAAUUCACAUACGUUCCGUUCACGUGAGGGAACGUAAUUUUAUAUGCGACAAGUGUGGAAUGACGUUUUUCACUAAAACAGACCAAGUGAGGCAUAAAAAACGUCACGAGGACGUUAAGUCUUACUCGUGUAGCAAAUGCGAGGCGAGGUUUAAGUCGAAAGACUCUUGGAUGCGUCACCAGAGAAAUAAACAUUUGGUUGAUUGUUGA